AUCGGCCACGCGGCUGCAACGUUGCAAGUUAUUUAAGUAGCUCGUCGAUCAGGUUACUUCAGUCGACUUCACUUUCAAUAUACGUUCGACGGUGUCAACAUUAAAAACAUUUUUUUACUGAAUAAACAAUGGCUUCAAGGGAAAAAGGUUUCGCAACGAUAGCUAUCCAUGCCGGGCAAGAUCCUGAUCAGUGGAAUCAUUGCUCAGUUGUACCACCUAUGGUGAUGUCGACUACUUUUAAGCAGGAUAGUCCAGCACCACCAAGAGAAUAUGUAUAUGGCAGAAGUGGCAAUCCUACGCGUAAUGUUUUGGAAACGUGUCUGGCUGCUUUAGAAAAUGCCAAACAUGCCUUUUGCUUCUCUUCUGGAUUAGGUACUCUUACUGCUAUUGCAGGUUUAUUAGAGGCAGGAGAUCAUUUGAUUGUCGGAGAUGAUCUUUAUGGUGGUACCAAUCGUUACAUCCAGAAAUGUAGUAGCAAACAAGGUGUGCAACAUACCUUCGUUGACAUGACUGAUGUACAAAAUGUUAAAGAUGCCAUACAGCCAAAUACAAAGAUGGUAUGGCUAGAGACGCCGACAAAUCCUUUGAUGAAACUGAUAGAUAUAAAGGCUGUUGCUGAAAGUCUGAAAUCUCGUCCAGACAUUAUACUAGUCGUUGAUAAUACAUUUUUGACAUGUUAUUAUCAAAGACCUCUUGACCUUGGUGCCGAUAUAUCGAUGUAUUCAUUGACAAAGUAUAUGAAUGGCCAUUCGGACGUCAUUAUGGGUGCCGCUAUAACGCGCCGGAGCGAUCUCGGACAGAGAUUGCAGUUCAAUCAAAAUGCCAUGGGAAUUGUUCCAUCGCCAUUUGACUGUGCCUUAGUCAAUCGUAGCUUGAAAACGCUCGAACUAAGAAUGCAGAAACACAUGAAAAGUGGCUUUGCCGUAGCUAUGUUUCUCCAGUCUCAUCCUUGCGUCGAGAAAGUGCUUCAUCCACUUCUCCCGUCGCAUCCACAGCAUCAGCUCGCGCUUACACAACAAACAGGACACAGUGGAAUGGUUUCUUUCUAUCUGAAAGGCGAUUCUAAUCGCUUUUUGCAAGCAUUGAAGAUUUUCACUUUAGCUGAAUCCUUAGGCGGUUACGAAUCGCUAGCCGAGUUACCAUCCGUAAUGACGCACGCGUCCGUGCCGGAAGAUAUGCGAGCAAAAUUAGGCAUAACUGAUCAAUUGAUUCGAUUAUCUGUUGGCCUUGAAUCCGAAGAAGACCUUAUAGCCGAUCUCGAACAAGCACUAAGCGCUUGUUAAUAAAUUAA